GGCUUUCCCCGCUGACGGCGUGCGCGCACCGCGCCUGCGCGGGCUGAGGGCGGCGGCUCCGGCUCCCGCUCGCGCUCCGCUAGGUGCCGUCCGCCCCUCGGCGCUAGCGGUGUGGACGCCGAACUCGGCGGAGAGACGCGGCUGAGAAACGGAGAGGAAAAUGAAACAUUAAAAGUGGCAGCUAUGUGGCAGAUCCUAAAAGAACUAUGGCAACUUCAGGUGACUGCCCCGGAAGUGAAUCUCAGCGGGGAGAAGAGCCUGUGGACCACUGUGAGCAGCCCCUCCCGGAGGGGGUGCACCCCCAGGAGUUCGUGGCCAUCGCGGACUAUUCUGCCGCCGACGAGACUCAGCUCAGUUUUCUGAGAGGAGAGAAGAUUCUCAUCCUGAGACAAACGACUGCUGACUGGUGGUGGGGCGAGCGCGCCGGGUGCUGUGGGUACAUACCAGCCAACCACCUGGGGAAGGACCUGGAGGAGGGUGACCCCGAGGACACGUGGCAGGAUGAGGAGUACUUCAGCAGCUACGGAACUCUGAAACUUCACCUGGAGAUGCUGACAGACCAGCCACGAACAACGAAGUACCACCACGUGAUCCUGCAGAACAGGGCGUCCCUCAAAGACAAAGUGAUUCUGGAUGUGGGCUGCGGGACCGGGAUCAUCAGCCUCUUCUGUGCACAUUAUGCGCAGCCCAGGGCGGUGUACGCGGUGGAGGCCAGCGAGAUGGCCCAGCACACGGGGCAGCUGGUCAUGCAGAAUGGCUUCGCCGACAUCAUCACCGUGUUCCAGCAGAAGGUGGAGGACGUGGUGCUGCCAGAGAAGGUGGACGUGCUGGUGUCCGAGUGGAUGGGGACCUGCCUGCUGUUUGAGUUCAUGAUUGAGUCCAUCCUGUACGCCCGGGAUGCGUGGCUGAAGGAGGGGGGGAUCAUCUGGCCGACCACGGCCGCGCUGCACCUUGUGCCCUGCAGUGCCGACAAAGACUACCGCAGCAAGGUUCUCUUCUGGGACAACGCCUACGAGUUCAACCUCAGCGCGCUCAAAUCUUUAGCAAUUAAGGAGUUUUUCUCGAAGCCCAAGUACAACCACAUUUUGAAGCCAGAAGACUGUCUCUCUGAGCCGUGCACUAUUUUACAGCUGGACAUGAGAACGGUGCAGAUCGCUGAGCUGGAGACAAUGACAGGGGAGCUGUGCUUCGAUAUCAAGAAAGCCGGCACUCUGCACGGAUUCACGGCCUGGUUCAGUGUCCGCUUUCAGAACCUGGAGGAGGAGGAGCCGCAGCUGGUGCUGAGCACGGGACCGUUCCACCCCACCACCCACUGGAAGCAGGUGCUGUUUAUGAUGGACGAGCCCGUCCCCGUCCACGCAGGGGAUGUGCUCACGGGCUCGAUUGUGCUGCAGAGGAACCCCGUGUGGAGGAGGCACAUGUCCGUCACUCUGAGUUGGUCUGUCACUUCCGGGCAGGACCCCACGCUGCAGAGGGUUGGAGAAAAAGUCUUUCCGAUCUGGAGAUGACAGUUGCAGUUCUCCUUGGGAAGCAGCGUGAGCUUGUUGGAGGAAGGCACAGGAGCGGGGAGUUCACACCGGUGUGAACACUUGUCCUUGUGAAACCUGCUGACGCUCGCUCUGCCCGGCAGGCGGUCACCCCCUUCUCUGUGGCUCCACGACAAACACGCUUGGGCUGCCCUCGCCACUGUCACAGCCCGUGUCUGUCCUCUAGUAGUAGCUGCGUUUCCAGGUGUCCGCCCAUGCUGUCCACAGUGCCCCCAUGUGGGCAGGCUGGGGGCACAGUGUUCCUAAGCUAGGUCUAGUUCCACACUCAUAGGACGCGCGUCAACCUUGUCUCCUGUGAAGUGACUGUUCGUGUGUCAUGUGUUACUGGUGUCCUUCCCGCCCUUGGUUCAUCCACUCACCAUGCAGAACGUGGGGCUGCACAGAGCCGCGCGGGACCCGGGGUGGCAGUGAAUGUGCUGGGCUCUGCAUGAGGUAGGUAGUACCGUGUAGAGACAUCUUCCAAAUUAAUCGUGUUGGCACAUAGUCCAUCUCAAUAAAUAUUUUUAAAUAAACG